AUGUUUUUAUUGUCUCUUAUUGAGGAGUCAACAAAGUGUUUAGCCAGACUGAAAGAGAUUGCUUUGAAGCCCAAUCCACUCUCCAAUGCAGAGUACAUAGACCUGCUCAUUGAAGGUGAGCGGUCAGAGGCCAAACCAGGCUUCUGGCUCUUACUCGGUCACUGGAAAGAAAAUAAUGGAGCAAGCAAGAAUCAUUUCAAAGGUGGCCAAUGGAGAAAUCCUCUUACCAGGAAAGAGAAAUAUAUACACAGAAAAACAACAGAGAAUGGAAAUAAAGGAAUCCAUAAGUAAGAAGAACAGAGUGCUUGUAGAUGUAGAUAUUGGUUGUGUUCUGUGUAUUUGGUCCGUAUUGGAUUGCGGCGGUAAAGUAGAGUGUUUUUAGGAUUACAACAAGGCAGUCCAGUUGAAGAUAAUUUACACAAAGGGUCAUUACAGAGAUUGAUCCCCCCCCCAAAAAAAUAAAAUAACAAAAAAGGUUGAUAAAUUACUUUACUGGAAAAUUCUAAAUCAUUUAAAUCGGAUUUAACACAUUUACUAAAAAAGGGGAGAGUGUGACUUUGAGAACUUUUACACUUUGAAAAAGUAUGAAAUUCCUUUUUGCUGACUUUGGCUGUUAAAUAACGCCUGGAAUUGUUGCAUUUGGAUACAAGAUAUGUCGAAUCUAUUCACAAAUCAUGUGUGACUUUCUAUAUGCUCUGAGAUAAUGUUCUACAACAUAUCCUCAAUAAUAACGUUAAAAUCUCUUGAUAUCCCUAGUUUUACUCAAGGAGGUUGCAGUGUGCUCCUUCAGAACCAUGGCGUCAGGCGAACCCAGUGCCAAGAAACUCUGACUGUCAGAGGAGAAAAAGGAGAAGAAAACCCCAACCAAACUACAGCCCGAAUUCUCUGUUCGGGGGAACCCCCUUUUGGACAUCUCAGCCGUUGUGGACAAGGACUUCCUGGAGAAGUACGGUUUGAAGGCCAACGACCAGAUUCUAGAGGAGGACAAGCACAAAGCAAUGUUUGAAGAGAUGUUCAAGUCUAAAGUAGAGCACCAUGCCGGAGGAGCUACUCAGAACUCUAUAAAGGUCGCCCAGUGGAUGAUCCAGGAGCCCCACAAGGUGUGUACGUUCUUCGGCUGUAUCGGGGAGGACAAGUUUGGGGAGAUUCUGAAGCAGAAGGCAGAGGAGGUCCACGUGGACGCCCACUACUAUGAGCAGACAGAGGAAAAUACAGGGACCUGCGCCGCAUGCAUCACCGGGGACAACGGGUCUAUGGUAGCUAAGCUAGCAGCACCUAACUGUUAUAAGAAGGACAGACAUCUGGACUUGAAGGAGAACUGGAAACUGGUGGAGAAAGCAUAAGUCUAUUAUAUCGCUGGUUUCUUCCUGACGGCGUCUCUGGAGUCCAUACUGAAGGUGGCCAAACACGCAUCCAAGAACAACAAGCUGUUCACUCUGAACCUCUCCGCUCCCUUCAUCUGCCAGUUCUUCAAAGAUGCCCUCGAUGAAGGUCAUGCCCUAUGUAGACGUGCUGUUUGGCAACAAGACAGAGGCAGCCACAUUUUCUAAAGAGCAAGACUUUGAGACUGAGGACAUUGAGGAGAUUGCUAAGAAGGCCCAGGCUCUGCCCAAAGUCAACAAGAAGGGACCGAGAAUCGUUGUCUUUACUCAGGGGAAGGACGGAACCAUCAUUGACCAAAGGAGGUGACAAGCUGGAGACUUUCCAAGUUCUGCAGAUUGACCCAGAAGGACAUUGUGGACACAAAUGGAGCCGGAGAUGCCUUUGUAGGAGGAUUCCUGUCAGAGUUGGUCCAGGAUAAGAUAUUGGAACAGUGUGCGAAAGCAGGACACUACGCUGCCAACGUAACCAUCAGACGAGCAGGAUGCACCUUCCCUCGCAAACCAGACUUCCACGGAUGA